AUGGCUACUGUUGCGCUGUACAAUGCUAAUACUGAUGUUAAAGGGGUAGAGAAUUGGAAAUAUACCACAACCAACAACACCAAGGUGUUAAAAACACGAGAGGAAGCUAAAACUUACAUGAGUAACAUGUGUAAAAUUUGGAAACUCGCUUCGUUUCGUGAUGGUGCUAAAUUUAAUACAGAAAACAUCAAAGCAAUAGACAAUCUACAUGAUAGCAUAACAAACAGCUUCGAAUUUACCGAUGAUAAAGGAGAUGCUUGUUGCAUCUUAGUUUUAAUCCAGCUUGGAAUCGAUGGAAAAUCAAUACAAAUCUCGAACACUAAUCAUAAAUUAACACGAAAAGCUGUGCACACGAGGCAGGCAGAUGUGCAUGCAGCCGAUGAACGAUCUGCUUUACAAUGGUUAAAGGAGCGAGCGUAUGAAGAAAUACACCAGCGGUUACCUGAGGUUGAUAAUAAUAUGCCAGUAGAUGAUUGCAUGGUCGAAAGGAAGCCUAAUCGCGUAGAUUUUCAAGAAACUCGGGUGCCAAAUGAAGAUGUCAUGACAAUAAUGGGCGUUAUAAAAUCAUCACCAACACUGGCCAACGAGCGUUACUGUGUUUUACAGAAAAAUGUGACAAGAAGUGGGCUCGCGCUACAUGACUUAAAAGAUAUUGCCGAAUUUUGCAAACACACGAACGAUAGAGAAGAUGCAUUGGAACAAAUACGACAACGUAUAAUGUCUGCUAAAUUUGCCAUGGAAAUCGUUGCUUGGGUUUCCUAUCAAGGUGGUGCAUCCUAUUCAAUAACAAUAGUUGCUAUACCACAGGACGAUCUGGUUCAUGUGUGUAGCAACGGUAUUCAUGUUCGAUUAACACCUAUGCGAAAGUAA